GCUACUUCGGCGGUGGGAGUUCGGUCGCGGUCUUCGAGCCUGUUAUUAUUUCAGCGGGGCCGGAAGGGGCAGAGCGAGCUCGUCAGGGACAAGGGGGGCUUGGAGAACUGACGUACCUGCGGCCAGGAAGGAGAAAAGUAGCUGUAGGGUGUCUUUCCGAGUGUCAUUGGACUGGAGAAGGUUCUGAGGGGAGGAGGAGAGAGUUGGAAUCCUGGGAUACUGACAGUAGGCCAGGGAAAGGCAGCCUGUGAGGGAGGGGAAGUGUUCUAGGAAGGGAGGCACAGGGGGGCAUUUGGGAUUCCAUGGCAGCAGCAGCUGAGCCUGCAGGCAGUAGCUAUAGGGCCCCCCCGAACCCUAUGGCAACUCUGCAUGAGGAGGCAGUCUGUGCCAUCUGCCUAGACUAUUUCAUAGACCCGGUGUCCAUCGGAUGUGGCCACAAUUUCUGCCGCGUCUGCAUCACCAAGCUGUGGGGCUCGGGUGAAGGUCAGAGUGAGGAGGAAGGAGAUGAUGUGGGAGCAUCUGGCUCAGAUGGCGGGUAUGGGCCUGGUUCUGAGGGCGCUGUGGACGAUGGAGGAAUAGAUGACCUGGGACCUGAGGAAAAUGGGGACGAUGAUGAAGAUGGUGAUCUGGAAGAUGAGGCAUACUUGUAUGAUGGAGACAUGGGAGAAGAGGAUGAGGAUGUGUCCAGGGAGGAGUACGAUGAUGAUGAUCCUGAGCUGUGGGACGAAGGAGACUGGGACGAAGACCCUGGUUCAGACGACAUGUGGGAUGAUGCCAUGGGGAGUGAUUUAUUCUUUGAUAAUUAUAAUGAUGUUGAGGAUAUCAUGAAUGAAGGAGAAGAACCAGAGGAAGAGGAAGAGUAUACUGUGCCGGCAACUCCACCCACUCCCCCGCAACGCCAGGCUUUUACUUGCCCCCAGUGCCGCAAAACUUUCCCCCAUCGCAACUUCCGCCCCAACCUUCAGCUGGCCAAUAUGGUGCAGAUCAUCCGACAGUUGCAUCCGCAGCCCUUCAAGCCCGUGAUGGCAGCAAUUGAGGCAGUGGAGUUGGCAGCAGCAGGGGAUUCAUCUGGAGCACCAUCUGCUAUAGCAGCAGAUCAAACUCCAAGUAUGGAGAGCACCCUGUGUGAGAAACACCAGGAGCCCCUCAAACUUUUCUGUGAGACAGAUGAGGAGCCCAUCUGUGUGGUGUGCAGGGAGUCCCGAACCCAUAAACAUCAUAGCGUCAUGCCACUGGAAGAAGUUGUGCAAGAAUACAAGUGUCUAUCUAAUUUAAGUGGAAACCGGACAUUGACGGAACUUAAACAUAAAUCCAUGCCGUAUAUUAGAAAGAAAAAAACCCCGGGGAAGGCAGCUUGGCAAAGAGCACACCCUUCUAAUCAUAAUUUGGCCCGUCUUGAGAAAGUGCCUGUCGAAAAAGAUUUACAGUCCUCGGGAAGUGAUUCAGCUUCAGGCUCAGACGAGUCUGUGAAAAUGGCGGAACGUUUUGGCACGGCGCCAACUUCUUCUGUUACAAUGGAUGAACUUAAAAAGCUGAUUUUGGAAACCAAAGCCGCUCUGAGCAAGCAAAUUGCUGAUAAUGAAAAAAAGGCAGAGGCACGGAUGGGGGCGCUAGCUGAUAGGCUGGCUCAGAAUGAGAGAGAGUUAAAGGAAGUAGGGGUUGAAGUUAAAGCUCUUGCAAACAAACAGGAAGUAUUUGAAAAAACUUCUGAAGUAAAAUCAAAAGAUCAAGAUUUACAGCUGAUCCGGCUUCAGGACGAGCUUCGGCGUUGUAACGUACGCAUCAAGCAAUUUGUUGAAGAACCAGGAGAAGAUCUGAGGAAAAUAGUUUUGAAGUGGUUCAACGACAUGAUGCCAGGCUUGGAUUUAAAUGACAGCGAUUUGGAGAGAAUUCACCGAGUGGGAGGAGCAAAGUACAAGGGAUCAUCCAGAAAUUUGCUGGUGAAAUUUGGCAGUUAUUAUAAGAAGGAGUUAGUAAUGAAGAAGUUGAGGGCCAUGGCCGUGAUCAAAUAUAAAGGCAAAGCAGUGCAAGUAUUCAACGAUCUUUGUCAGCAAACACUCCAAUGGAGACGCAGCGUUAAGCAAAUAACUGAAACAUUAACAAAAAAUGCAGUGAGAUAUGGUUGGGGUUACCCGGUCUUCUUAAAGUUUUCUUACGCUGGGAGUGAUUAUAGAGUAACCUCUUUGGAGCAAGGAAGGGAGUUGCUGAAGAGAUUGGGGUUAAUGAAGAAUGGAAGUGUUGGAGCUGGAGAAGAGAAUGGAGCUGUAGCUGGAGCAUCUGGGAUGGGGUAAAGGGGAAUGUUUGUUAUGAGAUAAUUGAUAUGAUAAGUAAUUA